AUGUUCACAAUAUUUUGCAUUGUCAGGAUUGGAAAUUCUAAAGUGGCGCUACGGAUGCUCGAAGAAUUGGAGAACAGGAAGGGAAGGUCUGAUUUUAGGCCUGAUUUGAUUUGUUAUAACACGAUUAUUGGUGGCCUCUGUAAAGAGGGGCUGUUGAACAAGGAUGCGCUUUGUAAGGAGGGGAAGAGUAAUGAAGCUAGGGAGUUGUUAAACAUGAUGAUUCAAAGGGGUGAAGAGCCAAGUUGUGUUACAUUUAAUAUUUUGAUGAAUGGGCUCUGCGUAGAGGGUAGGAUUGAUAAUGCAAGGGAAUUGUUUGUUUCGAUGGAGGUUAAAGGCUAUAAGCCAGAUGUUGUAAGCUACAACAUGUUAAUUAAUGGGUAUUGCGAGUAUCAGAAAUUGGAAGAGGCGAUGAGGCUUUUCGAAGAAAUGGCACGCAAAGAAUACAAGCCAAAUAUUAUUACAUUCAAUACUUUGUUGACCGGUCUAUUUCGUGUUGGUAAAGUUGAGGAUGCACAGGAACUUUUUGCAAAGAUGAAAGUCCAUGAAGUCACUCUGGAUUCUGCUACUUAUGAUAUAUUAUUGAAUGGUUUUUUCAAAAAUAAUUGCCUUGCAGAAGCAAUGGGGCUGUUUCAUACUAUAGAAAGAUCCGGCCUUAAUCUUCGCAUUAGCACCUAUAAUUGUAUCCUUGAUGGAUUGUGUAAAGCACAAAAGUUUGAUUUAGCGAGUGAGCUAUUUGAAAACCUGUCUCAUAAGGGUUUGGAACCAACAGUUUUUACAUAUAACAUCAUGAUUGAUGGCUUUUCUAAGUAUGGAAAUAUGGAAAUGGCAAAUAAUUGGUUUAUGAAGAUGGAAAAGGAAGGAAUAAGCUGGAAAGUUGUGAUGAUACAGUUGGGUGCUAAUGAAAGCAACAUGAAAUUUCUUUCCUUGAAAGUCUCAAAUGGAAGUGCAGAUGUGUGGCGCUUCAGAGAUGGCUUCCAGAAGUGUCCAACGAGGGUUGAUCUUGGUCUUGCUGUUAUGAGUGGAGUUUUUAAGAGGGGGUAUAAUCCAACUAUUGUUACUUUCAAUUCAUUGUUUAAGGGGUUAUGUAGGAUUGGAAAUUCUGAAGUGGCGCUACGGAUGCUCGAAGAAUUGGAGAACAGGAAGGGAAGGUCUGAUUGUAGGCCUGAUUUGAUUUGUUAUAACACGCUUAUUGGUGGCCUCUGUAAAGAGGGGCUGUUGAACAAGGAUGCGCUUUGUAAGGAGGGGAAGACAAAUGAAGCUAGUGAGUUGUUAAACAUGAUGAUUCAAAGGGGUUGA